AAAACAACGUGGGGCAACGGGCAUUCAAGUAAUCUCGUCGCAUUGUCUACCGCUAGACAGAGCGCUAGAGUCAUCACUAUCACAAGCCUCAUUUCCGCCCAUCAGCUCUGAUCCAUUCUGUCAGCUUCAACAACUUCCACAAAAUCAAGUAACCCAGAAAAAGGACAUUUAGACAUCAUGGAUGACGCCCUUUUCAAGAUGUCGGGGCUUGUGCCCGUCGACUUUGACGCUGAGAACGCCGACAACCUCGAAGAUAUUGAGAAACAGUUCGCUGUCAAAGCUGUGCAACAUCUCGAGACAUACUGGGCCAUCCUACAGAAGGUGAAGGGAUCCGCGCUACGACUUACGAAGAUGGACGAUGACAUACUCGAACACCUUAAGACCGACUUCCCCGAAUUCGACCCUGCCGCGACGAUAAACGAAGAUGAGAUGAAGAGCAAGGCCGGCAAGGAGAAGUGGCGCAAGUUCAUGAUGGCUUACGAGAAAAAGAUUGACGAUUACAACUUUGGCACAAUGCUGCGCACGAGCCCUAAGGUCGAGUACGAACAAGACACGACAAUAUUUGGUAUGGAUGGGCCCUCUAGUAUGUUCAAGAGUGAAAGAGUACAAUUGCUGACGCUUUAUCGUGAAAUUACACCAGUCCCCAGGAUGCAGUUCUAUGCCGUUGAAAUAGCCAGAAAUCGCGCGGGGUUGAAUGACUGGAUCUACGAAAAAGCAAAGGCCGAGAAGAAAUAAAUUUGACGCGACAUGGGGAUGAAAAGUCCGUAACAUUUUAAAGAUAGCAGGGACAGGAUAUUGCGACUUUCGCGAUGGGUUGUCACGUAAUUUUGGGGUUCUAACACUAGACCCAACACCGGAGAGUAUCGAUUCGUCGCAGCGGCUACGCAAUGAACUUUAUCAAGUUAACAUUCACAUACAUCACCUUCGCCUCUUGCGAUAUUAAUCGUAAGCGAGUAACCAGUGGCCGCUAUUUUGCGU